CUAUUCUCUUCUUGGAAUAUGGCAAUGUAUAAUCACUUCUAUUGAAAUCCUAAGGUUCACAUCAUACCAUGUCCAGACGGCUACUUCAUCACAUCAACACAGCUUGAGCCUUUCUUUUAUGCUUUCAUAGAACUGUGUCCAACUCAUGAGUCAUGACCACUAGCAUAAAGUCAUUAACCACUUAUUUAUUGGGUCAAGUACAGUAACUCCAGCAUCCCAUCACAUAUGUUGGGCAAAAUGGCUAUUUAUAUCACCCGCUAUAAGAGCAGAACAUAUGAUUUCAAUGAAAUCUUCAAAAUAGAUACUCUAGUCCAAAUUGAUUUGUUGUUGAAUAACAACAAAUAGUUAUCAUCUUUUUGCGGUGAGAGUGUUGCAUAGUUGCAUUCCACGCGUACUCUUGCAUUUCCAGGCAUGGGUAUGAAGAGUGGCUUCCUUCUUCAACUUCUCUUUCUCAUCCUUCUGUCAGGCUUGUCAUACCUUGACACCAUUAAACUAGGCUACUGCUCUGGCAGUACCAGAGUAGGUUGCAUAGAAAUUGAGAGGAAAGCACUUCUCAAGUUCAAAGAAGGUCUCACGGAUCCCUCACGCCGACUCUAUACUUGGGUUGGAGAAGAUUGUUGCCAAUGGAAAGGAGUGAGCUGCAGCAACAGCACUGGACACGUCGUGCAGCUCAAACUCGACAACCCAUUUCCAGAUAGUUUUGAUACCCCACUGGGCGGUGAGAUCAAUCCUUCUUUACUUGAUUUGAAAUAUUUGAAUUACCUUGACUUGAGCAACAACAACUUUGGAGGAAUUCAAAUUCCUGACUUCAUUGGAUCACUCGGUGAGUUGAGAUAUCUCAAUCUUUGCAGUGCAUCCUUUGACGGGACAAUCCCUCCAAGUCUUGGCAACCUUUCAAGCUUGCGUUAUCUUGAUCUCAAUUCAAAUUUUGUUGAAUCAAUUGAGAACCACCUUCAUUGGCUCCAGAGUCUUUCAUCUUUGGAGUACCUUCACUUGGGAGGUGUGGACCUUCACAAAGCGGCAGCUUAUUGGCUUCAAACUAUCAAUAUGCUUCCUUCACUUUCCGAGUUGCACCUGCCCCAAUGUCAGCUUUCCCAACUUCCACUCUCCCUACCCUCCUUUGUUAAUCUCACAUCCCUUUUGGUGCUUGACCUCUCCUACAAUGGUUUCAACUCCACAAUACCCCACUGGCUGUUCAAUCUUACUAUCCUUACAAGUCUUGAUCUCCAGUCCAACAAUCUUUACGGUGAGCUUCCAGAUGAAUUUGCCAAGUUAACUUUCCUCCAAAGCCUUGAUUUGUCCCAAAAUUCUUACAUUGGAGGUAAGUUAUCAAAAAGCAUGGGAUAUCUCUGCAAUUUGAAGACAUUGAGACUUUCGAUCAAUGAAAUCACGGGUGAGAUAGCUGAAUUCAUCAAUGCUUUAUCUCAUUGCACCAACAGCAGCUUAGAAACACUGCAUCUGGGAUACAACAAGUUGACUGGCUAUCUGCCUGAUUCAUUAGGCCAUCUAAGCAACUUACGCUAUCUUCAACUCUGGCAAAAUGAGUUCAGAGGUUCGAUUCCAAAUUCCAUUGGAAACUUGACAUCCUUGGAGGAAUUGUACCUAUCGGACAAUCAAAUGAGUGGUCCCAUCACCGAAAGUCUCGGGCAACUGGCAUCACUGCUUGUGUUGGACCUCUCUGAGAAUUCAUGGGAAGGUGCUGUCAUAACAGAAGCUCAUCUGGUCAAUCUCUCAAGUUUAAAGGAGGUAUCAAUCAACAAACAAUCUCCAAAUAUUUCCAUGGUUUUCAACAUCAGUUCAGAUUGGAUUCCUCCUUUUAAACUCACUGUCAUCGACAUCCGAUCAUGCCAAUUGGGUCCCAGAUUUCCAGCUUGGCUUAAAAAUCAAAAUGAGCUGAAAACCCUGGUACUUAACAAUGCCAGAAUUUCAGACACCUUCCCUGAUUGGUUUUGGAAGUUGAAUUUGCUGCUUGAUAGACUUGAUGUAGCUUAUAAUAACUUAAGCGGCAAGUUGCCAAACUCAUUACCAUUCACUGACCUAUCCAUUGCCGAUGUGAGUUCAAACCGCUUUGAGGGACCUCUGCCGAUUUGGUCUUCUAAUGUAGCUGCACUGUAUCUGAGGGAUAACUUUUUCUCUGGACCAAUUCCUCAUGAGAUUGAAAAAAUGCCCCAUCUGACAGACCUAGAUAUCUCUUGGAACUCUCUAAGUGGAAGCAUUCCCCUGUCCAUAGGUAAUCUGAAAGCUUUGAAUACCCUAGUCAUCUCAAAUAAUCGUUUAUCAGGAAGAAUUCCAGAGUUUUGGAAUAAUUUACCAGAUUUGUACAUUGUAGAUUUGUCAAACAACAAACUCUCUGGUACAAUUCCGAAAUCAUUAGGUUCUCUAAGCAACCUCAAGUUCUUAACACUCAGUGGAAAUGAUCUUUCAGGCAAACUCCCUUCCACCUUGAGAAAUUGCACUAUCAUAGAAAGCCUUGAUCUUGGUGACAACAGAUUGUCUGGAAACCUUCCAACUUGGAUAGGAGAAAGCAUGCAAUCUUUAUUAAUUCUCCGUGUGCAGAAUAAUUCCUUUAGUGGAAGCAUUCCUCCACAAAUUUGUAGCCUAUUUACCCUUCACAUAUUAGAUCUUUCCCAGAAUAAGCUGUCAGGACUGAUACCUUCCUGUUUUGGUAAUCUGACUGGCUUUAAAACAGAGUUCACAGCAGAAGAUGCUGUAAGAUAUGAAGGGCAUCUGAAGGUGGUUACGAAAGGAAGAAUUCUUGAAUAUAAUUCUACCCUUUACCUCGUUAAUAGUGUAGACCUCUCACAAAAUGAUUUAUCGGGGGUGAUUCCUAAAGAAUUAACAAGCCUCUCCAAACUGGGCACGUUGAACUUAUCCAUGAAUCACUUGACAGGAAAAAUACCGGAGAGAAUUGAAAACUUGGAAAGGUUAGAAACCCUUGACCUCUCAAAGAACAAACUUUCAGGACCUAUUCCACCGAGCAUGGCUUCUCUGACCUUUUUGAAUCACUUGAACCUGUCAUAUAACAAUUUGUCAGGUAAAAUUCCCACAAGCAAUCAGUUCCAAACCUUCAAUGAUCCAUCAAUUUAUGAGGGUAACCUUGGUCUUUGUGGGCUUCCACUAGCAACCAACUGCACUGACAACAAUGAGACGUCUCAUUUUCCUGAAUACGAAGAUAGAGACACAGAUGAUGGAGACAAAUUUGAAAAGCUGUGGUUGUACCUUAGUGUAGUAUUGGGAUUCUUCACGGGAUUCUGGGGAGUUUUUGGUACUUUAAUAAUCAAGAAAAGUUGGAGAGAUGCCUAUUUCAAUUUCCUUCUCGGAAUGAAAGAUAAACUCUCGCAAAGGUCUCAUCAGAUAUUGCAUUUUCUGCAUAGGAAUGUUUUUGGAGCUUAAAAAAGUUGUCGAAGAAAACUGGAAGAAAGAUGAGUGUUCUCUAAAAAAUAGAUCAUAUCCUACUUUUUGUAAGCUAUCCUGUAAUAAAAUAAUGCAACAAUAUAAUAAUAUUGUUACAAUCUUGAUUAGUCCCUCUGUCCAAAAACGAUGUUCUGUUUUGUU